AUGAGACUCGUAUCACUUUCGGUUUUCGCGUCGUUCGCGGCUCUUAUCUCCGCGCAAACCACUACCACCGAUGAUUUCACCGCCACGGCGAUCCAGCUAACUUUCACCAAGACUCCAACCGGAUCCGCUUCGGCCUCGGCUCCGGCUUCGGCUUCGGCCUCGGGCUCUGUGACCAGCAGCGGCCCAGGCUCCUCAGGCUCCUCAGGCUCCUUCACCCUGCCCAGCUCGUCUGUCGGAGGCUCCUCAUCGGUCCUAUACCCAAACUCGACCGUCCCAAGAACGUCGUCGCUUGCUUCCAGCAGAGCCGCCGUCUCCACCGUCACCGACGCCGCCACUCCCUUCACGCCUUCGUCCUCCAGCCACAUCUCCGCUGCCACCACCCUGGACUCGGCCACCGCUUCUGCCAUCUUGGAACAACACAACGCCAAGAGAAGCCUUCACAAGGACACUCCUGAUCUAGCCUGGGACGACGAGUUGUCUGCUUUCGCUUACGAGUACGCCAACUCCCUCAAGAACACGGCCCAAGACCCAUGCUCCGGAGUCUUGGUCCAUUCCAGCAACAGACAAAACCAAGGUGAAAACAUCGCUUUCGGUACUACUUCUGACCCAAACGUGUUGGUUGACUACUGGUACGACGAAAUCAAAUACUACGACUACAAUGACAUCACCGGUAUCGAACACAACGGCGAAGAAGUGGGCCAUUUCACCCAGCUAGUCUGGGCCUCGUCUUCCAACGUUGGUUGUGCCGUGUUGCAGUGUGACACCCAGGCCACCUACGGACAGAACUCCAUUUACUUGAUCUGUGAGUACUCGCCUGCCGGUAACGUUUACGACGCUACCCAGGGACAAGACGAGUUCUCUUACUUCAAGUCUAAUGUGUUGCCUCUCAAGUCUACAUAA